AUGGCCAUCGAAAAACGCAUCAGCUUGUUGGAAGCUCUGGAGAGGGUUUGCAAUGUCGACGUUGAUGCGAUUGAUCCGAAGGCAUCUACCAAGAUGCCAUUCAAACCCCACAAUCAAACAUCGAACCAGGUGAUUUGCUGCAACACCAUGCUUGAGCCAGAAUACCGGGACAUCUUAUUGGAAAACGUCAAGAAGUACGGUUCCCAAGGGUGGGAGGAAGUGUUCAACCGCGUUUCCGUCCAGUUCUGCGCAGACAACCGAAAGAACAUCACCGGUCGCGUUCUCGUGCAAGUGUCACCUAGCCACGUCCACGACAAGCAGCAGGUCUUGGACCAAUGCCACGCGUACGAUCGAGCAUUCAGAGACCACGGUAUUACACGCGAUCAAUACGCGAUCAAAAUCGCCUCGACAGGACCAGGCUUGGCCGCCGCCAAGAUUUUGAACGAGGAGGGAAUCAGAACUUUGGGAACUUCGCUAUUUAGCCUCGCGCAGGCUAUUGCAGCAAGCCAGGCGGGAUGCCUUUUUGUGAGCCCGUAUUUCAACGAGGUGGCCGCUUACGAAGACGACUCUUUGAUGCACAAGGGACAGGAUCCCGCAUUGACGCACCCGAUGGCUCCUCGUCUAGUCCACAUUUUGGAGACGUACGCCAAGAUGUACCAAGCAACGGGGAAGGACCAGCCUGUCAUUGUUAUUGCGAGCAACGCGAAUGUUGGUGAGAUUAUUGCCACCGCCGAACUGGGUUGCCAACACAUCACGAUCCUUGCCCAUCACCUGGAAGAACUUCAGAAUACAGCCCUAGACGACACCACACUCUCAAGAUACCCCUUCCUGAAGAACCCCCCUCCGAAGAAACAAGCACCGUACUACAAGGACUUCAAGACAUCAGAGAGACUCCAGGGUCAUAUGAAGAUCGACCCCUUGGUGGGACCCACAUGGGACGGCAAAUUCGCCAGCACGGAGACGAAUUGGCUGGCGAAUGAUGGCGAGGAGCUUUCAAAGGCAAUCGAAGCUGAUCCAGCUGUUGUGAAGAAGUUGAAAGAUGUCUUCAAGGCUUUCGGAGACGCGGAUGUGAAGGCUAAAGCUGCCAUUGAGGGCGAGAUUGCCCGACUGAAUCUUUAG